GAACUCAACCAAGAUAAAACGGCACUGGCUGUCAGUUUAGGACCAGUUGGUGCCACGCCGAGACAUUUCUGACACCUUUCCGUUGCUCUUGCAGUCCUGGCAUUGGUUUAUUAUGGGAGGCAAAUUCUGGCAACACUGCGUAUUGACGCUCGCCCUUGUGGUGGGCGCGUGUUGGGGCCACGGGCGGCUGGUGGAGCCCCCCUCGCGGGCGUCUGCCUGGAGAUUCGGCUUUGAUGUGCCCAUCGACUACAAUGACAACCAGGGCUUCUGCGGAGGGCGCGACCACCAGCAGAAUACCCAGGACGGGCGCUGCGGCAUCUGCGGCGACGCGUGGGACGAGAACCCGCGGCCGCACGAGGCCGGCGGAAUUUACGCCACCGGGACGAUCGUGCGCAUGUACACGAAGGGCCAGACGAUCACCGCGCGCGUCAACAUCACCAAGAACCACGGCGGCCACUUCGAGUUCCGCAUCUGCCCCAACAACAACCCCAGCGUCGAGGCGUCGGAAACCUGCCUCGACGAGCACCGCCUGUUAAAGGCCGACGGCUCAGGCUUCAAGCACCAGAUCAGCUCCAUCACCGGAGUGCAUGCGGUGCAGCUGCAGUUGCCCCAGGAGCUUACGUGCACCCAAUGUGUCAUGCAGUGGCGCUACGUGACAGGAAACCACUGGGGCGACUGCGGGAACGGCACCGGGGCGCUCGGAUGCGGACCCCAAGAGGAGUUCCGCGCAUGCGCUGACGUGGCGGUGGUUGCGCAGACAGGAGGGUUGGUGAUUAACCCGAUACCCAGCACAACGACCCCUCAGCCCGAGCCUGCGCCUACCGGUUGCAGACCCGUGGGCCCCUGGAAUGACGUAGCCGGAAUGCAUGAAUGGUGCGCCAUUAACUGCCAGGACACGCCUCCCAACUGCCCUCCCACCUACUGCACGUGCGACUAACGACCCUUUCGACAGCGGGUCGCUAUAAUGGCGAGGCGGGAAACCCUUCACUAGUCAGGGGAAAGCGCUGCCCUAACUAGGGAAGGGCCAGUGGGAAAGUUCUCGCUCGCCACUACAAUCACUCUUGAGGCUAAACGUGAUGAAAACAUGUCUGGAACAGCGACUCCGUCUACCAUCUCACUCCAAGGAAAUAAUCGUGUUUUUGAGCUAAAGAGCUGGCAUUUAGAAACGCUUGGAACUGUGCCAUAGUUAUUAGUCUUCUAAAUGCCAGUGAUGCAUUUCUUGAUUACUCUAUUGCACGUGAAUUUUAACUGUUAUUUGCACUGUUUUUUGAGCAAAGUAAAAUAUUCAAA